AGGAGCUGCACAAGUACUUCGCCAUGAUGGACGUGCACGUGGACGGCAUAGUGCAGGCAGAGGAGUUUAUCCCCAUGAUCGCGUUCCUCACGCUCGACUUUUUCCCAGCACAGAUCCUUGCGAAUCUGAAACUCUCGACAGGCUGGAUUGCAUACAAUAUCGCUGCCGUGAUUGUAAUUCUAGGCCUCCUGUUCUUAUUGAUGGACUUGGUAGUGGGUGCAUUUGCAAUUGGCUCUACUGUUGCAGCUGUGCAUUCGAGCGCCAACGCAAUGACGGCAUAUGUUGCGAAGCAGGCGUCCGACUCAUCAAUCGGUUUCGAGGACACAAUGGCAAACCUCAAGAGAGAACUGAAUAAUCUUGUAAUCCAAGCACUAUGUGUCGUGAUAGGUUUGUCGAAGGACGUCAUGGACAAGUUGGUGCGCCUCAUAGCUGAGGGCAUAUAGCGCGAGCAGGUACUACUGCUUGGUACCAAUGGGGUUCCAGCCUCAUACGAUUUGAAGCCGUGACUGCCCACACGGGCGAAAGCGUGCGUUGGCACCGAGUGCAGACCAUCCUCGGUGGAUUGCGCAAGCGUUUCCGUUCCCAUCGAUUGCCGCACUCAGGGGUGCGAGCGCGGGAGACCCCCGCAUCGCUGCACGCACCCGUGAUCGAUUAAUUGCGAAGGCCUUACGGUCAGAGGGCGCCCGAGAGAAACAAGC